AUGGCUGCCUCCCCGCCGAUGAUCCCAGUCUCGAACCUCCAAUCGGAAUCCGGUGCCCCCAUCGCCACCACGCCAGCCUUUCGCAGUUUUCUCUCUCGUAUUUCGGCCACCGUACAGCAUGGCCUCUCCCAACGCCGCCCCUGGUCGGAGCUACUCGAUCGAUCCUCCUUCUCUCGUCCCGAUUCCCUCUCUGACGCCGUUUCCCGCAUUCGGAACAACUUCUCCUACUUCCGGGUCAAUUAUAUUUCUCUAAUUGCAUUGUCCCUCGCUCUCUCCCUCCUCUCCCACCCUCUUUCACUACUUGUAUUACUGGCCCUACUCGCCGCCUGGAUCUUCUUGUACCUCUUCCGGCCUUCGAAUCAACAGGUUGUUAUCGGUGGACGCACGUUUUCUGACCGUGAAAUUCUGGGGAUUUUGGUGGUGCUCACCGUAGUUGUGGUGUUUCUCACCAGCGUUGGAUCGCUGCUCAUCUCGGCCUUGCUCGUUGGUUUAGCUGUCGUUUGCGUUCAUGGUGCGUUCAGGAUGCCGGAGGAUUUGUUCUUGGACGAUCAGGACUCGUCCAACGCUGGGUUUCUCUCGUUCCUUGGUGGCGCUGCUCCUUCUGCCGCUGCAGCAGCAGCUCCGGCCGUCGCUACCAGGGUUAUCACUGAAUACCUUAGAAUAUUGCACAAGUUUAGUUUGAAACGCAUGAACAAUAUUGGGGACUUGUUGGCCUUCGCCAUUUCCCACGGGACUCGUCCAACGCUGGGUUGCUCUCGUUCCUUGGUGGCGCUGCUCCUUCUGCCGCUGCAGCAGCAGCUCCGGCCGUCGCUACCAGGGUAUAAUUUUACUGAUAAUCUGAGUGAUGCUGGUUGCUGGAUAAAUUGUAAUGAAGCGAUAAGAGGGGAAGCUCAAUUAAAUUUGUUGAAAGGGAUGGCACUCUUAGAUCAAUCUUCUAAUCCUGUUUCUCAACCCAUUAACUUCAAUAGAAAGAGGAAAUCAAGAAGUAGAAAGGAUGGACCGAAAAAUGUAGCAGAGACAAUUGCAAAGUGGAAGGAAUACAACAAUAAAGUCAAUUCUCAGGAUGAUGAAAGUAAGGUAGCUCGUAAAGCUCCUGCCAAGGGAUCAAAGAAAGGAUGUAUGAAAGGUAAAGGAGGUCCUGAAAAUGCUCAUUGCAAUUACAGAGGCGUUCGGCAGAGGACAUGGGGUAAGUGGGUUGCUGAAAUUAGAGAGCCGCAUAGGGGUCCUAGGCUAUGGUUGGGUACAUUUAGCAAUGCGAUCGAAGCUGCUACUGCUUAUGAUGAGGCUGCAAGAGCAAUGUAUGGCCCUUCUGCUCGGCUUAAUUUUCCCACUUGCCAUAUGCCGAAUGAGUUGAAGAAAGAGUGUUGUUCAUUGCGAACUACAUCAACGUCCAAUUCCACAACUUCUAGUGUCUCUGAUGUUUGUCUGCCAGACUCUACGGGGCCUAAAGCUGAUGCUACAAAGAUGAGAGAUGAAGAUUCUGAGGGUGAAUUGCGGACAAACAACAAUGGGCAUUCGCUGCUGGGCGAGGUUGGUCGUGCAUUGAAGGUGGAAAUAAAGGAGGAACCUAUGGAGGAGGAAAGAAGGAAAGAUACCCCUCAACGCUUCGAUAGUAUUGAAAAUCAUUGGUUCAAUACGAAGGAAGACCCUACAUAUUUCAAUGGAAGUUCGGCAGCUGGGCAAAAUCCAUUAGACGGCCUGUCUUGGGAUGAAAUGUUUGAUGUGGAUGAGUUACUGACCUCGUUAGACCCCACUAGUUACAAUUCUUUAGAGCCCAAGAGAUUGGAGUCGCAUGGUGGUCAAGCAGGGCAAUCCACCGAUGGCACUAUGUAUACUUCAGAUUUGUCAAACCAAUUGCAGAACUCUGAUGGAAUGUUGCUCAAUAGUUCACCCCACAUGGAACAGGCACCUUCUGCGGCUGAUUACUGUUUUGAUUUCCUAAGCCCAGGAAGACCAGAAGAUUUCAAUUUUACAUUGGAUGAUUUGUUACUUGAUUUGUAUUCUGGCAUGGCGCCAUAA